CCGGAAAUGGUGCCCAGAUUUUCCAUAUUUCUUUGCGCUGGCCUUGCAGAAUAAUAAUGUAUAACGAUGGAGUUAAUACUGUGUUGGAGUAUGCCUUAUAAUAUCGGCCUCUGAAAGUGCGUCGGCUCGAAUAAUGCAGUGUUUUCAAGGCCGAACAUUUUCAUAAGAGGGGGAGAAAAGGAAAACAAUGCGGCCUAACGGGAGGUGAGGAACAAUUGUCAAUUCUGAGCUGAGGAAUUUAACAUACAGCAGGCAUGUCCUCACAACUCCAAGCAUUUUCCUCUCCUUCCGUAUCCUCCAGUGGCCUCCCUCGCUCCAAAAAACUCAAGGUGGAAAACCAUGCAUGGAACGUGAGCAGCCAAUCAGAAGAAAGCAGCUACUACCAGCAGAGCCCAAAGCAGACCAAUAGCUCCUCCCCCUCUACAUCCGGCUUCAAACCCAAUUACAACUCCUCCAACCUAGUCUUUCCUCCCGGAAGUUCGCGUGAACAGACAGUGGUACGUGCCGCGGAUAGCACCGGCAGUAUCUCAGAGCCUUCAUCCUCCUCCUCAUCAUCUUCAUCCAGUAGGCAUGGUAAAGAAGUAGGCUCCGCCUCUCUGACUUGCGUGGGCUACCAGAAACAAGGCAGUCUGAAGCGGAAAAGCGAGGAGGUGGACAGCAGUGACAGCGUGCAGAUCUUAGAGGAGCUCUCGGCGCCUGUGCUGCCCAACCGUGUUGGUGGAGGCAAUGCCACGGCUCAGUCCAUCACUCAUUCCACCUCCACCACAAAAAGCAGCAACUCCCACAGCGAGGGCGACUACCAACUGGUCCAACACGAGAUCCUCUGCUCAGUUUCCAAUAGUUAUGAGGUGCUGGAGUUUCUUGGACGUGGAACAUUCGGACAAGUGGCGAAAUGCUGGAAGCGUGGAACCAAUGAGAUCGUGGCCAUUAAGAUUCUCAAGAAUCACCCAUCAUAUGCCCGUCAGGGUCAAAUAGAGGUCAGCAUCCUUAGCCGUCUAAGCACAGAGAACGCAGAUGAGUUCAACUUUGUGCGCUCGUACGAGUGCUUCCAGCACAAGAACCACACCUGUCUAGUGUUUGAGAUGUUGGAGCAGAAUCUGUAUGACUUUCUAAAGCACAGCAAGUUCAGCCCUCUGCUGCUCAAGUGUAUCCGGCCAGUUCUGCAGCAGGUUGGCACCGCACUCAUGAAACUCAAGAGUCUAGGUCUGAUUCAUGCUGAUCUGAAGCCUGAGAACAUCAUGCUGGUGGAUCCCACCAGACAGCCCUACAGAGUUAAAGUUAUUGACUUCGGUUCAGCCAGUCACGUGUCUAAAGCCGUGUGCUCAACAUACCUGCAGUCUAGAUACUACCGAGCUCCAGAGAUCAUCCUGGGCCUUCCAUUCUGUGAGGCCAUUGACAUGUGGUCUUUGGGUUGUGUCAUUGCUGAACUCUUUCUGGGCUGGCCUUUGUAUCCUGGAGCUUCAGAGUAUGAUCAGAUUCGUUACAUAUCCCAGACACAAGGCUUGCCAGCUGAGUAUCUCCUGAGUGCCGGUACUAAAACCAACAGGUUCUUCCACAGAGGUCCAGACUCCAGCUACCCUCUCUGGAGACUGAAGACUCCCACAGAGCAGGAGGCAGAGUUUGGCAUAAAGUCCAAAGAGGCUCGCAAAUACAUUUUCAACUGUCUUGAUGACAUGAUGCAGGUCAACAUGACUAAUUUGGAGGGCACUGAUAUCUUGGCGGAGAAGGCCGAUCGGAGAGAGUUUAUUGACCUACUGAAGAAAAUGCUAACACUAGACACAGACAAGAGGAUCACACCCACCAAGACCCUCAAUCAUCCUUUUGUGACGAUGGCUCACCUACUUCACUUCCCGCACAGCUCUCAUGUGAAAUCCUGCUUCCAAAACAUGGACAUUUGCAAGCGCAGGUGUACCGCCUUUGACAACAACAAGAACCUGUUCACCAGUCACAACGCCCCCGGAGGGGCCACCAACCUCACUGUCACGUUCAGCAGUCAGCUCAACCAGCAUAGUCAGAUGGCCUCCACGGGGGGCCAGUCCCUGUCUCUUAGCAGCAACGUUCCUUUAUUGAAUUACCAGCCUGGUCUGUACCAGCAGGCCACUAUAAAUAUACCAGGCUUGGCACAGCAGAGUGUGCCACUGCAGGCUCGCCCCACUCAGCUGUGUGCCCAGACUGAACCCUUCCAGCAAACCCUCAUUGUGUGCCCUCCUACCAUACAGGGGCUGCAGACAUCCAACAAGCAUGCAGGCUAUCCAGUGAGAAUGGACAAUUCUGUCCCCAUUGUACCCCAGAACCAAUCUACCCAUCCACUACACAUUCAGCCUGGCAUGGUCACACAGCAGGGCUGGCCAGCAAGCACACAGCAGAUCCUCAUUCCCUCUUCAUGGCAGCAGAUGUCAGGCAUGACCAUGCACAACCCUGGCCAGCCUGUGCUGUCUGGCUCUCCUAUGACCUCUCUGCUCUCAGAUGGCAUCACCCAACAGAACAACAACUGGAGGAGUCGACAUGGUGGUCAAUGCGACGGGACGCAGCAGGGCUCUGCACAGGGGCGUAACAUGAAUACACAGCCUUCCCACACAGGAGGAGCCAUCAAUCGCAUGCAGCAGAGCGGGGUCAAAAAGUCAAAGGGUCGUCAUGCGGAGAGCAGAGCCAGGCCCACGUCCUCCAUGCAGCCAACUCCUUCAGUGGGGCACAACUGCGGUGAUGCGUCCCAGCCAAUCAUCAUUUCCGACACUCCCAGCCCGGCUGUCAGCAUCAUCACCAUCCACAGCGAUACAGAGGACGAGGAUGACAGGAAGAUUCCACCUACAAGCUGUAGUGUAAACCAGCGUGCAAAUGUGAUCAGCUGUGUGACUGUUCAUGACUCCCAGGAUUCAGACUCCUCCACAAGCACUCCUCUCACCCCUAAACGCCUCCCUGACUUUGUAGGGAACAACAAACAGCACUCCUCCAAAUCUCUGGCUGUGGUCAUGCCCUCAGUGAAGACACAGCUCUGGGAUGGAGCAUCAACAGAGCAAAACUCGAAUAGUUCUGGAAAAUCAAAGAAAGGUAAAGCAUCACAGUCCAGCGGCAACCGGCAUCAGAGAGCAGCAUCUAACAGAUCUCAGCCUCUAAACCUCAGCCAGGCACAGCAGUCAAAGAUGUCAUCUCACGAUCGAGCAGGGGGCGGUUCCCUUAGACGGCAGCCCACCUACCCUCCUACAGGCCCCUCCCACUCCUACAGUCUACAUGAAGCGUCACUCUUUGGCUCCGCCUCCAGCCUCUAUGCAUACCCAGCAUCUGCAGCCCUGGCCUCAGUGUCACAGGCAGUCGACCAACUGCACAAUUCAGCUGGUUCCUCCUCGUCCCCUAGCCCGCGCACCGCUGGGCCGUACUCUGCCUCCCUGAGUCUCCUGCAGAAGAACAGUGCCAUGGGCAUCAUGUGUCAAACUCCUUACCAGCAACAGCCGCUGCCUGCGCAGUCAUACCAGCGCUACCCCCAUAGCCAGAGAAAACUCAACCAGUACCCCUACCUGUGAGGGGACAAAAAAUGUCUUCACUCUGGUUUAAGAGCUUUGAUAUAUGCUGGUGGAAAUUGGAUAUGACAUUUUACUUUUAUCAUGUUUUUAUACAUAUAUAUAUAUAUAUAUAUAUUAGCGUUCUUUAUUUGUUUUAUUAAUUUUAGUGUUUUGUUUUCUUAAAGAAUUUCAGAGAAGCACUUACUGCAUUUUACAUAAUUUCAAAACAUAAAACUCAAAUAUUUGGGCCAUUUUUAACCAUGUGUUUGAAUAUGAUCACCCACAAAGGAUGUCUACAUUUUGAGGAAAAACUAAAUAAUUUCAACUAUAUAAUGGUCAUAGUAAUGAAGUAAUCCGUAUUUGACUUUUUAUGCAGCUUCAUAACGAUAUAAUUAUUUUAGUUUCUACUCCAAACCGAGAGAUAAUCUUUUAAAAGUUGGCUGAUAUAGUUCAAAUGCUUUCCUUUUUACUUUAGUGCAUAAAAUUAAAUGUGUUUCUUAGUUAAAGUGUCUCAAAAUGCAGCAGGUCACAUAUUUUAUAACAUUUCUACAAUAAUUCAGGCUUUUAAUGAAAUUAAAUUUGAAUUGACAUUUGUGUAACAGUACAAGGGACAGGUUGACAUCAAUCCUGUUACUUGGUGAGUCAAGACUAUCCCAGCAUAUCAGGAUAAACUGGUACAUUUGUUACAUGAUCAUUUAAAUAUAACAUUUAAGCUUCAAAUAUAUUCCUAAUAUUAGAAAUUGGAAUGUUGUGUUUUAGUUCUAAUGAAAUCAUCCAGCUAAACAGCUGUUUGAAAUUUGAUCCUGUACAGUUGACAUAAUGUAUGUUUUAAAUUUAAAUGUCAUUGUUACAGUCGAGAACUCUUGAGCACAAAAUAUCACAGGUUCACUUUCUAUGUUAACAUAAGAAUGCUCAAUUUUAUUUAUUGAAUAUGUCUGCAAUAUUAAUGCACAUUAGUAUCUUUGUUUUUAUUUUACAUAAUAGUAAUUUCUCUUUCUUUUACAUUAAUUCUCUUAGAAUUUGUGUGUAAUAUAUAUAUAUAUAUAUAUAUAUAUAUAUACACACUAUAUGGCCAAAAGUUUGUGGACACCAUAUGGGCUUGAUAAACAUUUGAUUUCAAAACCUUCAAUUUCCCCCAUUGCUGUAAUAACAGCUUCCACUCUUUUGGGAAGGCUUUCCACUAUACUGUAUGUAGUUACAUGGCUGCAGGGAUUUGCUCUCAUUCAGACACAAGGCUAUCAGUGAGGUCUGGAACUGAUGUUGGUCGAUGGGGCCUGACUAACAGUUGCUGUUCCAGUUCAGCCCAAAAGUGAUCGGUGGGGUUCAGGUUUGGGCGUUGUGCAGGCCAGUCAAUUUCUUCCACACCAGACACAGUAAACCAUUUCUUUAUGGACCUCACUUUGUUCACAGGGGCAUUGUCAUGCUGGAACAGAAAAGGGCUAUCCCCAAACAGUUGCCACAAAUUUGGAAGCACACAAAGCCCAAGCCAUUACAUAAAGAAACUUUUCUUUACUGGAUUUAAUGGAGUAACCAAAUUCAUUAAUUAGAAGGGGGUGUCCACAAACUUUUGGCCAUAUAGUGUGUGUAUAUAUACAGUAUCUCACAAAAGUGAGUACACCCCUCACAUUUGUGUAAAUAUUUGAUUAAAUCUUUUCAUGUGACAACACUGAAGAAAUGACAUUUUGCUACAGUGUAAAGUAGUGAGUGUACAGCUUGUAUAACAGUGUAAAUUUGCUGUCCCCUCAAAAUAACUCAACACACAGCCAUUAAUGUCUAAACCGCUGGCAACAAAAGUGAGUACACCCCUAAGUGAAAAUGUCCAAAUUGGGCCCAAUUAGCCAUUUUCCCUCCCCGGUGUCAUGUGACUUGUUAGUGUUACAAGGUCUCAGGUGUGAAUGGGGAGCAGGUGUGUUAAAUGUGGUGUCAUCGCUCUCACACUCCCUCAUACUGGGACUGGCAAAGCAUGUCUCCAGACCUAAACACCAUUGAGCAUCUGUUGGGCAUCCUCAAAAGGAAGGUGGAGGAGCACAAGGUCUCUAACAUCCACCAGCUCUGUGAUGUCAUCAUGAAGGAGUGGAAGAGGACUCCAGUGGCAACCUGUGAACUCCAUGCCCAAGAGGGUUAAAGCAGUGCUGGAAAAUAAUGGUGGCCACACAAAAUAUUGACAGUUUGGGCCCAAUUUGGACAUUUUCACUUUGUUGCCAGAGGUUUAGACAUUAAUGGCUGUGUGUUGAGUUAUUUUACACUGUUAUACAAGCUGUACA